AUGAACCGUAGUGGUAAUCGUGAAGAAGUCGAUAUCCCGUUACAGAAUCGUUCCACAAACCGGAGCGAACCUAGCGAAGGCGAUGGCAACGUGGAAAACUUCAUCCAGAAGUUCGAUGUUCACAGCUACACCGGAUUGAUCACCAUAUUGGCCGUCAACCUGCAACAGCUGUAUCUGCUGAUUACCGUUGGUUCGGACCUAGGUGCCAUGUUCUACUUGCUUAUUAGCUUGACUUCGAUCUCUGCUAUUCUGGUGAUUGUGCUCCUGCCUAUUCGUUAUAUUGUUGAAAGAGGUAAAACAAGGAACAUUAUCUACUACACAAGUCUGGUGCUAAACGUCCUCAUACUGGUGCUUAAUCUAACGCUCCAAAUUUUCGAUCAAACAAUGGAAAAAUGCCAAGUACUUCUGAACCAACCCUUGCCGCUGUCGGUCAGUGAUAGAAUUCCUAAAAAGUGA